AUGGGCGCCAAGGCCGGCAACGGGAACUCUCUCGCGAUGGACAACAGCCAGGCAGGCCGGGAACGUAAUCAGGAUUCCCCACAGCACCCUUGCCCUAUUCAGUUCAAUGGUGCUUCCCAUAACAUCACAGGCUCUAUGAGUCGGUCCAAGAACUUCCACGCGGGCGAAGCGUCCAGAUCACUGGGUGGCAUGCGCAGGCGUGAAUCCGGCCAGCCCCUGGGCGGUCUAAUAGAUCAAAUGGCUCUUCUCGCGAGCCCCAGCAGAGGCUUAGACGACGCGAGUGCAUCGAUAUUCCUGGACGGUCAAAGCAAAGUAUCAUCGCUGAUGAACGCAGAUACACAAAACGAAUUUCGUCAGUACAUCUCUGACCGGAUCAAGGCCCAUCGGCAGAAGCACGGUCUUCUGCCUCACGGUCAGCGCCUUUCAUACGUCUCUUCUGUGAAUCCGCAUUGCCAACAGUCUCUGGAAGAGGUAGCCCUCCUCGUACGAAAGUUGCGGGAAGCCCUGAUGGCCACGCAUAGGGUCGACUCGCUUACACUCGAAAUCUACAUGCUUUCGGUGCUUCUUUCGCUGCUGUGCGAUAAUGCUGGACAAUUUGCGACUGCCAUGCCACGAUUGGUGGAAGAGCUGCUCAUUUUAGAAGCGGCUCAGUUGACACAUACAGCAAGCCAGAGAUUGUGGUGUGACGUCUCGAACCUGACCGACGACGCUGGCUUGCCAGAAGACAAUCUGUUCGACUUCUUUGCAAGCCUAUACCUGCUCUCACGCACUGUCGACUUGUGCAUUCCGUCGGCCAAAGGCAAAGAACGCGCAUCCGAUUUUAUGUUACUGUCUUUACGGUUGGAGAGCUUGGCAAGAGCGCAGAAAGGCAGAAGAAGCAGCCCUCGCAACGAUAUGGCUGCCAGCUUGCUCCAUCGUGUUAAACUCAUUUCGACUCACCUACGCACGGGCGACGUCCUCUCGUUCCGCCGUCUCAUCAUUCAAUCUCAGAUGAAGAGCGGUGUUGAUCCAGAGCUCACGCCGUGGCAUUACUUCCUGCUGCGCAAGGUGUUGAUUCAGCUGCAGACUCGGACAUGGACCAGGUUGAAAUCAAGCUAUCACAGCCUGACGCUGCCUUGGUACGUCUCUAGCGAAGGAGCCGUAGCAGGGGCAGGGGUAUCAUUCGACGAAGAAAGAGAGCCUGCGUGGCUGGAAAAGCUGCUUUUGACCGACGCAGAGCUGGAUCCCAUCGUAUGCGCGCAGCCAUCGGGCCCAAUUUCUGCUAGCCCGUCGGAAGUCUCAGCUGUGCGCGUGCUCUCUGAGCGACUCGUUCUGGUGCUUCACAAGCAAGGCCUGCCGACCUCCAUCGCUGGUGGUUCUAACGCCGCAGCAGCGGACAGCAAGCCGUACCCGAGGCAUCCGCACGCGUCUUCGUUGGCGCCUUGGAGGUUGCGCAUGAACGCGGUCAAGACCGCGGUCCCCACUCCGCCGUGCCUGGCAAGUGAAGCCGUCGUAGGGGGCGUUGUGGCAUCACUGCAAGUCCGGGGGUGACGAAAGAUGUCAAGCUCGGUGCGAUAAGCGCAUCCAUCGUCACACUGCCAAAUAAACGUUUGUGUAAGAUACAGGAACAUGAAACUGAUAGGCGGGUGGAGAAAGAAAAUAUACAGCUAUAAGGUGGUCGAACAGUGCGCAGUUCUCGCUCCAAAUGGAUCAGACUUUCUCUCAAUCCUCAUUCUCCUUGAUAGAUUUCCUGUUGCGGUUGCGAUACCGCGGGACACCAUUUGCCGACCGCC